CAGAAUAACCCUGUUCUUUUCUAUGUGGACGAUGAUGAGAAACACUCCCAUAUAUAAUGAUAUUUUAAAUGUACCACCAGAUCUCUUCUGGGCGGGACAGAUAUGAUACCUUUGGGCAUGAAAGAUCCGAGUCCCUUACUUUCCCCAACGCACUACUCUUGUGUCGUUUACUGCGUUUCAUCCGAGCCCGCUCAUGGCUAUCAGAGGAGUUCACAGUCUGGCGAACGCUAUUCAGCAGACAAUUACUUGUCAUGUUUAGAUACCCCCUCUGCUCUGUGUUUCCGUGCUUCUUUCCGGGCUUCUCUAACAGACGAAUGAGAAACACUCCCAUAUAUAAUGAUAUUUUCAAUGUACCACCAGUACAUUGGUCUCUAUCUCGUUACAUUGUUCCUUAGUGCUAUCCAAAGUGAACGCAACCCACGCAUAAUCAGGGCAACAUUAAAGAGUCUUGUUUGAUCUUCAACAAUCUUAAACUGAGUAUGGG